AUGGCAGAAUCUCUCACCACUUUCUCUGAUCCGAGGACAGAAAUGAGCAUUCUGGAAAUCAACCAGUACUUGUGCUCCCAGCUGGAAAAAAACAAACAGAACUUCCGAGACCUCACGGAGAAAUUCCUCACGUCCAAGGCUACUGCUUACACCCUGGCCAACCAGCUGCAGAAAUACAAGUGUGAAGAGUACAAAGGCCUCAUCGAAUCCGUGCUGGAGGAAGAAGUACAGUUUGACAGGCAGCUGGCAGAGAAGAUGACACCAGCUGCAAGGCUUGGGAAAUAUGAUCCCCUAAUUCAGGCUCAGGCACGAGAACUGACCCACUUGCGACAGAGGAUACAGGAAGGGAAAGGUGUCUGUUAUCUUUUCAUUCAGCAUACAAAGAGCACGGUCAAGUCUUUUGAAGCCCUCCUCAGGAGCACUGACAUUGCCCGCAACCAGGGACAGAGAUUCUGUGAACAACUGGCCCAAGGAAGCCACCUGGCAGAGAACCUUGCCAGCAAACUCACCACUGAAAAUCACAAUGAUAAGAAGGAUGAAGAUGGACAGGAGCCUCUGGCACCCGGGCUCAGCAGGGAGCUCCAGGAGGAAGAAGAGAAUGAAGUCUCGGAAGACUCACUAGGUGAACGGUAUUUGACUCAUUCCAGUCGCUGUGACUCUCACCAGCCUCCCAGCAGCAGUGCCUUCCCUUCUGAUGUGCAGGAAGCCAGCUCUGCGGCGGAAGUCACCGAAGAUGAGAUCCAGAGCCUGCACCAGCACCUGAAGGAAAUUAUUUUCAUCAAUGACUGCCUUCAAGAAAAGCUGGAACAUCAUCUCAGCAUUUCUGACCAAGGAAACGGAUACAUGUCUAACCUCAACAGGCAGAGCUUGGAGUCUGUUGCCCAGCUGUACAAUGAAAACAGAGGUAUCAGGGAAAAAAGUCUGAGCCUUUUGGCUCACCUGAAUCGUAUUUCCAGAGAAGUGACUCACGACAUAACUCCCUACCUGUGGGACGAAAAGGAUCUGGACACCAGCGCAAGCUGUAGAGACUGCAUACAAUUAACUCCCAGCUGCCUGAAGCGCACCGCUCGCUUGCUCCCUGGAUUUCCGACCCGGGGUCCAGUUCGGGGCCGCGGGGCCCUGCUGAAAGCGGUCUCGGUGGGCGCCGCCUUCGUUGCUGCGUCUCCCGGAGUCCACCGGGUGACGCUGGGGACCCGGGAGUCUCACGCCGGGCGCCUCCCCCUCCCUCGUGUCCGCACGCGGCCGCCUCGCGAAGGCGCGCCUGAGGGCGGCUCCGAGGCGCGGCCGCGCGGGGCCUCAGCCACUCAGUGCUCAGCACCCAGCUCCUCACGCUCGCCACAGGAGGCCCUCUUACUUGGCGCGCCCUCUUUUUCCCGUUCUGAUCCUAUCUCCAUUUCACACACGGGCCGGAGUGGCUGUAAUAAGCCGCUUGUCCAAACGUACACAGCCAAGCGCAGAGAUGCAGUCUCGCCCUGGGUUCAGGCCCAGACCACGCUCUUGCUGUCGCCGCCCCUGAGGCGCUCGCUCUGCGGACUGUGA